AUGUCGUCCUUUAGUGUUGAAAAUUUAUUUCAAAAAACUCCCACUAGGCCGAGCCAGCUCUUCCCAAACAGUCUACGCAACUCUCCUAACGUAAGUUAAUAUAAACAAUCGAAAAAACCCAUUUUUGAGUAUUUUUUAAAAAUUUUAUGCGAUAGAAUAGUUAAAAUGAAUAUUUUGUUAUGUUUUAAAAGUAUUUAAAGUAUUACUUUUUGCUUGAAAACUGCACUAUGAUCGAAAAUAGUGACCAACUAUCAAUUCUGGCGCCUAAGGUAAUAAACCCUUUUUAGACAUCAAACUUGGAUGAAAGUGUAAUAUCAUGUGCACAAUUAGAACAAAGUGUUAAAGGUAUUUUGGACUCGCCAUGCGUUCCAGACAUCUCACUAACACCGCAACGCAAGCCAAGCCGGCGAACGCCGUUACGACAAAAGGUAAGGAUAAUAUAAGUAAAGCAGCAAAAACUUGGACUCCCUGGCUUAUAUAGGGGAUACCAAAUUAGAAAAAAACUAAAAAAGGCUAAAACAUUUGACGUAUUUUACAAUAUUGGCCUUUCUGAACUGUUUCAGUCAUUCAUUUUUAUUUCUAAUCAAUCGUGGCAUUUCGUUACAAAAUCUAUCGGCUUUUCUUUUUUAUUUUUCCUUCUUUCUCUUUUAUCAGGUGUUCUUGGGUGAUAAGACACGAGAGCUGGUUGUUAACUGUUUUGAACUUUUAUUUUUAAAAAAAUUGAUUAGUUUAGAACUUUUGAAAGAUUUAAUUUGCUGCGUUAACGACUUUUGGAGGCUGGAUAUCUAAAACAACCUUUGUUGAUGCGCUUUCUUUACUUUUUUAGUUUAGCGGUUCAAAAAGAGCAUUUUAAGUAGCUUUGUGUUGAUUUAAGCCUUACUUUAAAGGUAGUUUGACAGAAGCCUUUAUACGUGUUUUAACAAACCAUAUUUUACAUGAUGUUAACUUCAAUAUUUUAGUCGAUUCCCGAACAGAUGAAGGCGCAGACGCCUACAGAAACUUCUACGUCUACACACAGGAACUCCCCAUGUUUCCAGGUGCCAAAGGUUGUAAUUGAGAACCUGUCUUUAAGAUUCUUGAACAAUAUACCUGAACAUGAGGUAAGUGUAAUAUAAUUUUGACUUGGUUUGGUUCGGUUUUUAGGUACAGAUCAUGAUGAUAUUUUGGGAAUAGUUGCAAUAGAGUCUUUUGACUAUUUUUGACGAGUUGGUUUAAAAGUUAUGACCAAAAUUUUCAGAAGAGAGAUCCGAUUCGAAUAUGUUUCCAAUUAGAGCAGGCUCAUUGGUAUUACGUGGACUAUUUUUGCGAAAAAAAGCCUACCAAUGUGCCACCAUGUUUUAAUGUAAAUUUCCGUGAUUUUGUUAAGCAGAUGUUCAACAAGAGCGAAAUGCUCAGCUGUUUCCGAGGCCAUGUGGAUGAAGUAGGUCUACUGCAAUAUAAUUUAAUGUUUUAAUGGUUUUUUAAAGGAACUGUUUGUUAAUGUUAUGUAAUUUAGAAGGUGCUUGAUCUUUUAAGUUAUGAUUUAGCGAGUUUUGUGUUUUAGAAAGCCAGAAACACCUUGUUUUAGACACUCAUACCAAAAUCCUUAUGUUAACAUCGAAUUUUUGCAGAUUAUUGAACAAUUCCGCCAAUACAAAGGCGGUGUACCCACGUAUGGCGCCGUUAUGUUUAACAAAGACCUUACUGAAGUCUUGCUGGUUCAAGGCUACUUCUCAACCAAGAAUUCUUGGGGUUUCCCCAAAGGCAAAGUCAAUGAAGAUGAGACUCCAGAAGCGUGUGCUAUCCGUGAGGUGCUGGAGGAGACUGGCUAUGAUAUUACGGAUAAAAUGAGGCCAGAUGUGUGCUUUAGGUACAACUUGAACGAUACUGCUGUAUGUUUAUAUGCAGCACUGGAUGUUGAUCAGGAUUUCAACUUUCAUCCACAUAUGAGGAAGGAGAUCAGGUAGGUUAAUAUAUUUGGUUUGUUUUGGAGUUUUAGGUAAUUUUUGUGAGGCAUGGGUGAUACAUAAAUAUAGAAGAAUGUUUUGGCUAUUUUUUAAGACAAAUUUCUUCCCAAAUAAAGCAAUAUUAGCUACGAUAUGGAUAAUAUAAGUUAACUAUACCUACAUUAUGACCUAAAACACCAAAAAAUAGGAAAAUCUUAUGUAUUUAGGUAAUAAUUAGUUUUAUUUUCAGGAAAAUUGCUUGGUACCCGAUCAGAGAACUACCCAGAAGCAAGGCGGAUAAUCAAGCAUGUGCUCAUCGAGGUUAUGUCGCCAGAAACUUCUACACCAUCAUACCAUGUGUUGAUGAAAUUAGACGAUUUGUAGCCAGUGAGCAGAAGAAUCGCCUAAGACUGAGUGAAUCAUUUGGAAGUCAAAGCAAAGGCAGUGCUUUUCAGCCUGUUAUCCCUAAGGGUAUGUUGAUUUUGGAGGUGAUUUUUGAGGUUUUAGGUAACUAAUGCUGUUUUUAGGGGGAUUUUUGGGAUUUUAAUUGGUUUUUUGAAGUUUUUUAAAAUUUUAGGUAACAUUUAGGGCUGACUUUUGAAAAAAUAGGCGAAGGAAAGACUUUGAUUUUUUAGUUAACAAAUUUUUGAGAAAUCAGCUAAUAUAAACCUAUGAACAUCUCAUUUUAGCCAAAAACCCCAUCUCACCCCAAAACCAAAUCCAGUCCAGCUACUUGGAAAGCCUGUUUCUCAAUGAGAACGCCAAUCCAUCUCAUCUACCCUCGUCUAGUCAAUCGUUUAUCAGUUCCCCGCCCGGAUUCAACCAAAAUUCUAGUCAAGACCCACUAUUCGCACCACUACUCCUAGAUACAGCAACAUCACAGCCACAACAGAACUCGCCAAUGAGUGGCGAAUACUUUUUGAAGAUGUUGAUGUCUCCAAAUCAAGGUAAUCGGCUACAGAGUAAUGUACCUACAAGCUCGACAACUCAGCCAAGACAAGAGAUUAAGCAUCCGAAGGCGAUUCAUUCAAGUUCUAUAUUGCCUUCGGCUAAUGUGAGUUUUUGUUUUUGAGUUUUUUGAGAUUUUAGAUAAUAACAGGGCAUGAUAUGACAUUUUUUGAUUGGGAAAUGACAUUUUUGACCCUAAAUGUCAUUUUUGACAUAAAAUGUUGUUUUGCAAAUAAAAUGUCACUUUGAGUAUAAAACUGUCAUUUUUUGAUCCAAAAUGACGUUUUUUUCGACCAAAAAAUGAAAGUCAAAAAAUUUGACCCAAAAAAUCAUUAUUUGUUACCUAAAAAUAUAAAAUAAACAUUUCCAGCUCUCCUUCGCCUCCCCAGAAAACUCGCCCUUCAACAACGUGGGCUUCAACUUCCAACAGAAGCCCAGAACACCAAAACGACCCCACGAUAACGAAGACAUCGAAGGCUUCCAAACCCCACCCCUCCUGCUCCCCACCGACCUCCUAGCCAGCAGUCCAGCCAAUUCAGAAGCCGCUACGCAACGAUAUCUGGAAGCAUGCAAGAAGACGAUCCGGGACUCAACUCAACGUGAACGAGUCAGAAGCUCGCGGAUGAGAAGACAGGAGAAGGUGGCAAAGGAAUCUGGAGAAGAAAAGACUUCAUCGUCGCUGUCACCGAAGAAACGGGCCAGACGCAGCAGGGGGAAGAAGAAAAAUAAGGUAAUUUUGAGGGGUUGUUAUUUAAAAUAUUUAAAAACUAGAUUUUUUGAAUGUUUGUUGCCUAAAAAUUUGAAAAAUUGAUUAUUUUUAAAAGUUUGUUACCUAAUAAUCAAAAAAGUGAUUUUUUAAAAUUUUUGUUACUUAAAAUUUCGAAAAAUUGAUUUUUGUAAAUAUUGUUACUUAAAAAACCCAAAAUUUCACUUCUCAAUUUUAAGCGUUACCUAAAAAUCUAGAAAAUCAACUUUCAGCCCUCCCCAAAGUCCUCAACCUCCAAAUCCGAGCACCUAUCCUCCUCCUCCACCCCAAAACGCAAAAUUAAACUCAUGGAGAACGAUGCAACAACCUCCAGCAACGACUACGAUGACAGUGAGAUCCUAAAAGACGAGUCCGAAGACCUAAACAGCGAUGAGUUCAGUAUCGUACAGUCCACGUCCAAGUUUGAGGACGACGGUGACGACGAAUCCAUGGAAGGAUCGGACGAGGAAGAAGAGGAGAAAGCCGGAUUCAGUGGUGAUUACAAGGUGCCAGAGGAGUUGGAGAAGACAUUCGAUGAGGCCUUCCAGGAAUUCAAACAAAAUGGCAACGAUAUCGCGGAGAAGCGGGCUGGAACCCCGAAGAUUGAGCUGUGUGAGGCGUGGAAAAGCUUUAAGGUAACCUUAUAAGGAUUUUUGACUGGUCAAGCAAGGCUGAAUUUAUGAUAUGAAAAAGCUAGCCUGAAGCGAUUAAUAUCGAUCUUUUGGCCUAGUUUUGAGCUUGAAAUUUGAUUUUUUUUUGGCUUUGAAGGUUUAAAAAUUAUGGGAAAAUGUGUUUUUUGAGAUUUUUUAUUAUUUUAGGUAACAAUUUUUGAAAAAAGUAAUGGAAAUCCGUUGAAAAUUGUCAAAAAAAUUGAUUUUUUAGAGGAUUUUUGUAAUUUAGGUAAAAAAUAUUGAAAAGCGAUAGGCGGAUCGUUUCACAAAAAAUAUUUAUGCUCCCCCACCCUUCCCAUUUUUAGAUUUUUUUACUGCAGCAAGCCUAGGUUACCUACUGUUUCCUGCCUAACCCUACCUCUCCUACCCAUGCCCACCUGUCAAUCUUUUACUAAAAAACCUCCCCCCCCCUCCCAAAAUUUAUGUCAAACAAGCUUUGUAUCCACUAUAAUAUAGCCAAUUUCGUUUCAGCUGAACAUCAAUUUCGACCACCUCUUCGGCCUAACCUAA